AUGCCUGACCCUUGCAACGGCAGCAAUUUGCAAGGCGGGGGGGGGAGAAUCGCGAGGGGGAUCGGACAUAUCUCUUGGGUCCCAUUCCAUGUAAGGGAGUUCAUGUUCACGCUCCUAUCUUCCAGAAACUACUUGUUUAUUUCACGGUUCAUCAUCAUGGCUCCUAGUUCUACGCUUGCCGCUCACGCCGGCAUCAAUCGGUUCAACACUCCUAGUCCGCAUCCGACACACCUCAGUAUUGGCGUUCAUAAUCAACGGGUUUUGAAAGAUGAUGCCUCCGGUUAUGUUGCACCCGUGUUCGAAGGCAAGGAGAAGCAGAUGGAGCAUGUCAUGGACAUGCUCGAGGAGAAAGGAUUCAUCCCUCCGGAUUUCGUUGAGAGUGAGACAAAGUGGUUUUAUUCAUCGCUCGGGAUCGACGAUAUGUACUUCAAAUCAGAAACUGCUGAAACAAUUGUGAACCACAUUUUGUCUCUCUAUGCCGGCAAGGUUGCGGCAUUUUCUCGGGAUGAUAAGCGUUUGGAAAUUCGGCUGGACAGAGAAGCAGAGGAUCAUGCUGUAUACAUUGAUACAUCUACCCCUGGAGUAUCCGUGCUCUCCGGCCCGCAGUAUGAGCAGAGAAUCGACAAGAAAUACCUCAACCCUUCGAACCCUGCGAAAGCUUACCGCGUUGAAACCUUCCGCUCCUCUUCCCAGCUUACGGCGUCGCACCAGCAGCUCCGCUGCUACUUCGUCUACCAAUGCGAUUUUGUCAAUCCAAACCCUGAUCCUAAUGAGACGGACUUGAGCGUUAUCUCGGAUAAAUCCUUUCUGGAAAAGGUUACUCCUAACACCAAGGAGGUCUACCAGGGCAUUGUCGGGUCUGUUAUUGAGCGGACAGGCCCCGUUAUCGAGAUGUUUGAGGUCCAAGGUACACGGGAGAAGAGGCUCGUCAUCGGGUUUAAACAAGGGAGCUCCAUGGGCUUGUUUUCGGCUUUGAGUGACCUUUACCACUACUAUGGGUGUACCUCUACGAGAAAAUAUGUCGAACAAUUCUCUAACGGUGUGACUGUAAUGUCAAUCUACCUUCGACCUCUCCCCUAUCAUACUACCAUCCCGAACCCUGCAAUGUUCCCGCCUAUCGAGGCAUCAAUUUACCAAAUCAUGAAGGAAGUUUCUCUUCUAUACUGCAUACCCCAAAAUAUCUUCCAGGAACACUUUAUUAGUGGCCGUUUGAGUCUGCAGGAGACAAUAUACGCUCAUUGUGUUUGCCACUUCGUGAGCCAUUUUCUGAAUAGGCUAGGUUCGGAAUAUGGCGCCCUAUCCUCGUUGCUCGACGCGAGCAAUAGUGUCCACGCGGAGACUCUCACCAAGAUCAAGCGUCGCCUUCGUCAAGAGACCUUUACUUCGGAUUAUAUCUUCGAGAUCAUUAAUGACCACCCUGAGUUGGUUCGUUCAUUAUACCUGUCGUUCGCUAACCAGCACUAUGUGCAAACUCGGGGCGAACACGAUGACUUUAUCCCUACGCUUAGUUAUCAGCGUUUGCAAGUUGGCCGGGUGUUGAAGGAUGAUGAACUAGAGACUUUGAUAUCGACGAGCGUCGGGAAUGAGCAUCAAGAGAAAGUCAUGCAGUACUUUAUUACCUUCAACCGCAACGUACUGAAGACCAACUUUUAUACUCCCACAAAGGUUGCGCUGAGUUUCCGACUCAACCCCCGAUUCUUACCCACUGUUGAGUAUCCUCAACCAUUGUUUGGCAUGUUUUUGGUUAUUGGAUCAGAGUUUAGGGGAUUCCAUCUGAGGUUCCGGGAUAUCGCCCGUGGAGGUAUCCGUAUCGUCAAGAGUAGGAACCGGGAAGCAUAUGCGAUCAAUGCGCGUUCAGUCUUCGAUGAGAAUUACAACCUCGCAAACACUCAACAACGCAAGAACAAAGAUAUCCCGGAAGGUGGUAGCAAAGGCGUCAUUCUCCUUGAUGCCAACCAUCAAGACAAGGCUACAGGAGCAUUCCAGAAAUAUAUUGAUUCGAUUCUAGAUCUUCUCCUUACACCCAAUAGCCCAGGUAUCAAGGAUCCUAUUGUUGAUCUUCACAAGGAGCCUGAGAUUUUGUUUAUGGGUCCUGAUGAGAACACUGCCGGCCUAGUGGAUUGGGCUACUGAGCACGCUAGAGCGAGAGGCGCCCCUUGGUGGAAGUCCUUCUUUACCGGAAAGAGCCCUAGCUUGGGUGGUAUUCCUCACGAUACUUAUGGAAUGACAUCCUUGAGCGUUCGCGAAUAUGUUCUUGGCAUCUACCGCAAGUUGAAUGUUGACCCGUCCCGGAUGAGGAAAUUGCAGACUGGUGGACCCGAUGGUGACUUGGGAUCAAACGAGAUCCUUCUGAGUAACGAGAAGUAUGGUGCUAUUGUUGAUGGGUCUGGUGUUCUGGUCGACCUGAAUGGUCUUGAUCACCAGGAACUCAUUCGCCUGGCCAAGAAACGUCUUAUGAUUUCCGAGUUUGAUAUGUCCAAGCUCUCACCUGAGGGGUAUAGAGUUCUUAUUGAGGAUACCAACGUCACUCUUCCUAGUGGCGAGGUUGUCACCAAUGGUACUAUUUUCCGUAACACCUUCCAUACCCGCACCCAUAUCCCAUACGAUAUUUUCGUUCCUUGUGGUGGGCGACCCGAGGCAAUUGACUUGGGCAAUGUUGGCAAAUUCAUCAAGGACGGAAAGAGUGUUAUUCCUUAUAUCGUUGAGGGCGCCAACUUGUUCAUUUCUCAGGACGCUAAGCUGAGAUUAGAGGGUGCUGGUACAAUCUUGUUCAAGGACGCUAGCGCCAACAAAGGUGGUGUCACUAGUUCUUCCAUGGAAGUCCUCGCAUCACUUGCCUUUGACGAGGCCGGGUUUGUCGAGCACAUGUGUGUCCAAGACGGCGUCGUUCCCAAGUUCUAUAAGGUGUACGUUCAGGAGGUUCAGAAAACCAUCCGGGAUAAUGCCCGCCUAGAAUUUGAGGCCAUCUGGCGCGAGAACCAGCAAACCGGAAAGAGCCGUUCCAUCCUUUCUGAUGAGCUCUCCCUAGCGAUCACCAGGUUGGAUGAAGAGCUCCAGAAGACCGAGCUUUGGAAUAACGUUGUCUUGAGAAAGGGCGUUCUCGAAGAUGCCCUCCCGCAAACCCUCCUACAGCAGAUCGGUCUCGACCUCAUUCUUAAGCGUGUUCCUGACAACUACCUCCGCGCUAUCUUCGGUAGUUACAUCGCUUCUCGCUUUAUUUACGAGUUUGGCAGCAACCCGAGCCAAUUUGCUUUCUUUGAUUUUAUGACAAAGAAGAUGGGUGCGCUUGAGGCUAAGGCUACUGAUAAGCCUUCCCAGGUCCUCACUAUCAACUCCUUCCCCACCAAGAAUUGUACUCACUGAGCGAGGAAAUGUUUAUCCCCUUUCAAAAAAAAAGAAACUAAAAACUAAAAACUAAAAACUAAAAACUAGAAAUCCCUUUUCGUGCUCUUCCUCAUCCCUCUCGGGGGUUUUUUUUUUCCAACUCUUCUCCUGUUUUUUCUUUCUUGGUUAACUUUUUGAAUGGCAUGAGUUUGAUAAAGGGGAUACGGUUGCUGAGUGUCGGUGUCUCAUGCCACGGGCAUGGUGGGUGAUGUACGUUAGGUUGCUCGGUUAGUUUUUGGUUUUUGUAACAUAGAACAAGAGCUUUUUUAGCUUUGUUAUGGCGGCCGGGGCUUCGCUCCGAUGAGGGAAGGAAUUUCAUGGGUUAUUUAGUCGA